ACAUUGCCGCAGGGGAUUCAGGGUCAGUGAAGGAGAGGCGACCGAGUACAUGCUCAGAGCAAGAACCAACUUUGAGUUUGAAAGAAAGGCUCGAAGUCUUCAGAAUGAAGCAGCGUCCUCUACAAAGUAACACCAAAAGAGGAAGGAAAGAGUCCACUCACACUACUGGCAUUGUAAAGAAAGGGAAAUUUGAGCUUAGCGUCUUAUUUCUGGACGGUGGUCACCACAUCCUUAAAAGACUUUUCCCUUCACCGACUGGACCGACUGGGACCUUGACAAUUUCUGUCAGUGAAAAUUCUAAUUCAAGUGACUGGUUGAAGGCAAUUAGCAGCAAGUUCAUAAACACUUCAUUCACCCUAUGUACACCAUCUGGAUGUGGAUUCCAGGCCAUUGAACAACCAGUUGGGCUGGAAUUUGUGAGGGAUUUAAAGAAGGCUAAACACUACAAGCUUCUUCGUAUCUAUGUUCAAGCCGACACAAAAGGAAAGGCAAACUACUCACACCAUUUCACUUCAACAACACAGCCCCCCAUCAUCACCCUCAACAAACACUGAAUGCGACAGCAACACAAUACAACAGCCACAAACACUCAAAAGAAAACCCACAGCACAAGACACACAUCACACAUUGCAAUGUAUUAGACAACCCACUCACACCAUUUCACUUGAACUUGACAAC